GAUGUUGAUCUCAUCGCUGACCAAGACCCGGCAAACGUCCGACAGAUGCUGCUUCGGGUCUCUAGAUUCCAACUGACUCGUGCCAAUAACCUGGUCUUCAUGCACGGCGACGAUGUGGUCAAAGUUGAGAUUCUUCGAGGCGGCAAAGCUCGACAGACGAAACUACCUAACGCGAAUUCGGUUCCCCUGCACUAUGCUUCUACCAGAAACCUACUAGGCUACGAUGGCGAUACCAAUACCACAAUCCCGAUUGUACACCCAUCCGUUCUCAUCCUUACAAAGAUCAAGAGGUGGUAUUCUGUUGCUGAAUCUACCCGUCCGCAAAGUAUUAGAAAAGCUCGUGGUGAUUUUGAGGACAUGAGGGCUAUUUUGCACUGGCUUGCUAAGAACAAUCUUCGUAUUGAUUUUACAGCCUACCCAGAAAAGCCAAAGGAGGAGUUGCUGCCAUGUUUUCGAAAGUUCUAUGAGCUCCAUGUUAUUGUUCACUUUUUGCUCGAGGUGACGAUGGACGCGCAGGAUUUUGCGCUUGCCUGCAACUAG